ACAGUAUCCGUGUCCGGUACGCCCAUGAAAGAAGCAAAGGUUUCCGUCAGUCGUAUUCCUUCGCCAUUUUUGUGGCGUGUAAACUUUUAUUCAACUUAAAAGAAAAAGAAAACAAUUGUGCGCCGCUGAGCGCACAUCUAUUUCGACGUAUUACACGUCUGUGACAAGUUCCACGUAAUGAAUCAGUCACGAAAUUUUACGUCAUUAUUAAAUCCUAGUUAUUUGCAAAACGCGCAGCAAAAUGCAGCAACUGCGAACGCGGCGGCCGCUGCAGCUGCAGCAGCUGCCGCGGUGAGUGCCGCGAUUGCAAAUGGAACACAGAUUAACUUCAAUUCUAAUUCUACAACAAAUAAUACCAGGAAACGAGAAGCAGAAAAUGAUGGUAAACAAGAGAAAGAGACGAAAGAGGAACGUAGGAAGAGGAGGAAAACUAGAUGGGGCGGUAGUGAACAUGACAAAACUUUUAUACCGGGCAUGCCUACAGUUCUACCAACUAACCUGACUCCUGAACAGGAGAAGGCUUAUCUCUUUCAGCUGCAGAUUGAGGAAAUCAGCAGGAAACUACGUACUGGAGAUCUUGGAAUUCCGCUUAAUCCUGAGGAAAGAUCUCCAUCUCCAGAACCCAUAUACAGUAGCGAUGGUAAACGGUUGAAUACACGAGAAUAUCGUACUAGACGUAAACUGGAGGAAGAACGUCAUAAUCUUAUUCAGAAGAUUCUCAAAAUUAAUCCAGAAUUCAAACCCCCACCAGAUUACAAGCCACCGAUAAUACGAGUGCAUGAUAAAGUCAUGAUACCUCAGGAAGAACAUCCAGAUAUUAAUUUCGUUGGUCUACUUAUUGGCCCACGUGGAAACACAUUGAAAUCAAUGGAAAAGGAGACUGGAGCAAAGAUUAUAAUUCGUGGUAAAGGUUCUGUAAAAGAGGGAAAAGUUGGAAGGAAAGACGGUCAACCUUUACCUGGUGAAGAUGAACCUUUACAUGCAUAUAUUACUGCUAAUAAUUUGGAUGCUGUAAAGAAAGCUGUUGAAAGAAUUCAUGAAAUUAUACGACAAGGUGUAGAAGUACCAGAGGGACAGAAUGAUUUACGACGCAAUCAGCUUAGAGAAUUAGCUUUACUGAAUGGAACAUUGCGCGAAAAUGAUGGACCACGUUGUACUAAUUGUGGCGCGUCCGAUCAUAAGUCAUGGCUAUGCCCGGACAAACCGAACGUAACAAACAAUAUAGUAUGCUCAAGCUGUGGGGGAGCAGGUCACAUUGCGCGUGAUUGUAGAUCCAAGAGACCUGGGCAAGGUGGACCAGCUGCUGCAGGAAUGGGAGGAAUGGGACCAGGCGGAGAUAAAGCUAAAAUAGAUGAAGAAUAUAUGUCUCUUAUGGCAGAAUUGGGUGAAGGUCCACCACCUGAUCGAUCUAAAAGCGGGCAGCCACGACAACCAAAUCCUAAUCCUAAUUAUCCUGGUCUUUUUGAUAGACAACAAGCACCUCGUGCUUUGAUGGCAGCACCAGCGCAUCCACCACCUCAAAUGAUGCAAGGUGGCCCAAUGAUGCCACCACCAGGAAUGGCCCCACCACCAUGGAGUCAAGGAGAAGUAAACAAUAUGAACGGUAUGAACAUGCAGUGGCAACCUCCAGUUAGUAUGCCUCCUCCACCUGGUGUGAUGCAACCACCUCCACCGCCACCUGGUUCUACUACUCAACCAAAUAUUCCACCGUUGAUGCCUUGGAUGGCUGGAAAUAAUCAACCACCACCACCUGGACAAAUGCCACCAGCACAAAUGCCACCCCCUGGAAUGGGUAUUCCACCAUGGCAACAAGGACAACAAGGACCAAUGCGCCCACCUCCACCUGGAACAGCUCCACCACCGGGAUUUCCAGGAUGGCAGCCACAACAAAUGGGUGGCUGGCCACCAGCAGCCCCUGUUCCACCUCCUCCUCAACAGCAAACACCAGCUCCGCCUGGAAUUGAUCUCAAUACUUUGCCUACGUUGUUGGCCCAACCACCACCACCACCACCUCCAACUAGUUAGUGUAAAGAAUCAUCGAAUCAUGUAAUCAAAGCUUCUUUGUUCGUACAAUAGAGGAAUAUCAUCAUCGGUCGUGUCGGUACAUGGAUUAUAAUAUCAGACUGAAGACAGUUACCAACUGUUACUAGUUCAAAUGAUUCACGAUCUUAAUUAACCUUUCCUCCUAUACAGCUUUUUCUUUAUAAGUGGAAAAGAAUACGGUUAAGAAUAUAUUUUUCAAUCCGCUUUCUGUGGAUCACGCAAUGUUUAUAAGAAACAGCUUUAGGUUUCACGUACAUAAGUAUACAUAUAACGAGAAUAUCGCGGUUAUUACUCGGUGAAAGAAAAAUUUCUAGUUUUGGUUACCAUUAUUUUCAAAAUUAUUCAAUGUACCUAAAGCUUUCUUACAAGUGUAAAGUGUAAGUGAUAUGCCAAACACAUUUUUAUUAUAUAAUAUUACUUCGAGCACGAUUAUUUUUACUUACAUGUUUGUCUAAACAUAAAAUCGUACAUUACAAACUAAAAUAUAGUUUACUUGUAUGUUCUGAAUAGUAUACAUAAUACUAUGUAUACUGUAGUGCAUUUGUUGCUCUGUACAAGUAUUAUAAUUUAUUUUUGCUUCAGUACAGUAUCUUACUGAAAAUAUUAUAUGUUAAUUAAUGUUUAAAAUGAAAUGUUUUAUGAAAUUGUACAUACGAGUUCCUAUAGCAUUUAAAAUCAUACAAUUUUUUUCUUGCACAUUAUAAUUAUUAUAAUUAAUUUGUUAUUACCAUUUUCCAUAACUUCGAUCGAAAUAACAAUGUGUGAUAAAGUAUUAGAUAAUAGAAUAAAGUAUCAGAAUUUUUACUUGUACAAGCAACGAUCUGUCAAUUUUAAAGAUUACCUUAAGUAAUUUAUGUAUUACGUUUGCGAAAAUAUGUUUUUUUCUUCAUUUUUAAGAACAAAUAUAUUUAUGGAUCACUGAAACAUAAUAUUGUAAACGUCCAAGCGCAAUAAUUUCGUAUCAGUCAUUUAUUAGUGAGAAUAAAAUAAUUCGUUGAAACUUCAAA